GCAAAGGGACCUGAAAAGGGGACUUUGAUAAGAGGGGACAAAGUUUCUCCAGAAAUGAGCCAGUGUUCUUUAAUAAGGACUUGAGUUUCUUUUGCACACAGGUGCCUGGGGAUCUGGGGAGUCAGUGCCAUUCCCAGCCGCCCAGAGCUGCUGGUGCUGCGAACAGCCAGAGCGUUUCUUCACUUUGAAAAGCCCUCAGCACCUAUCUUUUCCAAGGCACCCAGCAUGGACUGACGAUUUCCUUGCCUGGUCAUAGAUAGUUUCCCAUCCACCCAGGAGCCUGCACUGGGCACUGUUUGCAGCUCCCAAGAAGUAUACUUCUUAAAAGGAGGCUGCAGGAGAACAGACGGAGUAAGCCAAGAGCACGUUCGUAAAGUGUGAAGCAAACAGCCAGACUGAUUAAUGCAAGGCAGGUGACGGGUCUUAGCGGAGCAACGGGCAGGGGGCCGUCCUCCGAGCAAGCACUGACCACGCUGACAUCUGGUCUGGGCCAUAGCAGAGCCCCACGGUAGCCAGGUGGGUGAAGGGGAGCGAGGACGUGCCACCUUGCCCUGCAGAGGAUUCCUGACCUACAGAGUAAGCGACCAGGUGCUCCAAGGAGCCUGAAAAUGGACACCAUGCACGUUGGCAUGUCCAGUGCCCCUCUGGUGAAACAUUCCAAUGGGGUUGGACUCAAGGCCCACAGGCCUCGAGUCAUGUCUAAGAGUGGGCACAGCAAUGUGAGAAUUGACAAGGUCGAUGGCAUCUAUUUGCUCUACCUUCAGGACCUGUGGACAACAGUCAUUGACAUGAAGUGGCGAUACAAGCUCACCCUGUUUGCCGCCACCUUUGUGAUGACCUGGUUUCUGUUUGGAGUGGUCUACUACGCCAUAGCUUUCAUCCACGGUGACUUGGAGCUUGGGGAGCCUAACUCGAGCCACACGCCCUGCAUCAUGGAAGUGGAUUCUCUCACGGGGGCGUUCCUCUUUUCCCUGGAAUCCCAGACAACCAUUGGCUACGGGGUCCGUUCCAUCACGGAGGAGUGCCCUCACGCCAUUUUCCUCUUGGUUGCCCAACUGGUCAUUACCACGUUGAUUGAGAUCUUCAUUACCGGGACCUUCCUGGCCAAAAUUGCAAGACCCAAAAAGCGAGCCGAGACCAUCAAGUUCAGCCACUGUGCUGUCAUCAGCAAGCAGAACGGGAAGCUAUGCCUGGUCAUCCAGGUGGCCAACAUGAGGAAGAGCCUCCUGAUCCAGUGCCAGCUCUCGGGAAAGCUCCUCCAGACGCACAUCACCAAAGAGGGAGAGCGCAUCCUCCUCAACCAGGCCACCGUCAAAUUUCACGUGGACUCCUCUUCUGAGAGCCCCUUUCUCAUUCUGCCCAUGACUUUCUACCACGUGCUGGAUGAGACAAGCCCCCUGCGGGACCUCACGCCCCAGAACCUCAAAGAAAAGGAGUUUGAACUGGUGGUCCUCCUCAACGCCACCGUGGAAUCCACCAGCGCCGUCUGCCAAAGCCGGACAUCGUACAUCCCAGAGGAGAUCUACUGGGGCUUUGAGUUUGUGCCCGUGGUUUCCCUCUCCAAAAACGGAAAGUAUGUGGCUGACUUCAGUCAGUUUGAACAGAUCCGGAAGAGCCCGGAUUGCACCUUCUACUGUGCGGAUUCUGAGAAGCAGAAGCUAGAGGAGCAGUACAGGCAGGAGGACCAGAGGGACCGCGAGCUGAGGAGCCUCCUGUUACAGCAGAGCAAUGUCUGACCCCGGCCUGUCUCUGGGCACCUCCAGAGCUGUCUCCUCCCCCAGGGCUCCUCUCGAAAGCAGUGGCUGCUGUGAACGUGGGAUGGGUGGAACCUGAUACCAAAACCACACAGAUGUUCAUUGGGAUAGAUGGACCUGAUACCAAAUCACACGGACAUUCACUGGCAUAGGUGAACCUGAUACCAAACCACACAGAUACCCAUGGCCCAUAUUCUUCUUCGUUCUGUUGGCUGAACAGGCAUCUUUAAAUAUAAAAGGAUUUCUUCAGAGUGCCUGGUCAGAGAUAAACACUCAAAUUCAGAUACACACACACACACACACAGACACACACACACACACACACACACACACACCACUAAAAUGGAACUCUAUAUCGAAGAGCUGAAUGUAAAAGAUGGAGAGGAUCCCUGCCCCGGUGACGGGCGUGCGGCAAUGUUAACAGCGAACGAAAUGUAUGUCUGUAGAACAUCAGCUUAUAAUGCAAAGUAUUUAUUUAACCCCCCAUAUCAAGGGCGUCACCAGUGGCCCAGGUGGGAGGCAUGAUUCACUACCCACUUCUGUCGCUGCCUACGAAUCUGCUGCUCCUUCUCAUGUUCAAGUAUGUAAGCUGUGUGUGUAAUGAUGAUUGUCUGGUAAUGGCCAAAACGUGUUGGGGAAGCAGGGACUUCCAGCUUGAAAAAUACAAUCACUUUGUUUUUA